AUUUGUCAGACGGGUGUUGCUUUUUUGUUCUAAUUUUAUUUUGAUAUUUAUUUUUUGUUGUUUGGUUUUUAUAUUCAACACGAUCGCGAAGUUAGAAUUAAGUCAGUGACAGAGGCUGUAAAACAACAGCAGCAGGUAUAUUUGACGCACAGAGGGGUUGGAGUUGUAGUUUCCGAGCAGCGUGUGAAGGCAUCAGGGGCGCAGAGCAGCUGUGAGCGGUGGAUGAGGGAGAUUAUCCUCCUGUGCGGCGUUAACGCGGAUCCAAACACGCAGGAGGAGGCUUGGGACAGAAAAUGGGAAACGCCGACACCAAACUUCACUUCAGGAAGGCGGUGAUUCAGCUGACGACCAAAACACAGCCUGUUGAAGCUACAGACAAUGCCUUCUGGGAUCAGUUCUGGGUCGACGCCUCUACCACCGUCCAGGAUGUUUUCACUCUGGUGCCGGCGGCCGAGAUAAGAGCCGUCAGAGAAGAGUCUCCGUCAAACCUGGCAACCCUCUGCUACAAGGCAGUGGAGAGGUUAGUCCAGGGUGCGGACUCGGGCUGCCCCUCAGAGAAGGAGCGUCAGAUUGUCCUGAACUGCACCCGCCUGCUCACCCGCAUCCUGCCCUACAUCUUUGAGGACGCCGACUGGAGAGGCUUCUUCUGGUCCACGGUGCCCGGAGCCGGCAGAGCGGGGCGUUUGGAUGAAGAUGGUGAUGAUGAUGAAGCUCGGCCUCUGGCUGAAUCCCUGCUGCUGGCCAUCGCAGACCUGCUCUUCUGUCCGGAUUUCACCGUCCAGAGCCACAAGAAGAGCAGCCCGGACACAGCGGAGGACGUUCGGUCCAUAGACAGCUGUGAGUACAUCUGGGAGGCCGGGGUGGGCUUCUCUCAGUCGCCUCCUCUGAACUAUGUCCAUGACCUCAACAGGACAGAGCUGAUGAAGCUGCUCCUCACAUGUUUCUCUGAGGCCAUGUACCUUCCUCCCUCUUCUGACAGCAGAAACCUCAACCCCUGGGUCGCCUUCUUCUGCUCCACAGAAAACAGACAUGCCCUGCCUCUGUUCACCUCCCUGCUCAAUGUGGUGUGCGCCUACGACCCUGUGGGCUAUGGCAUCCCAUACAACCACCUGCUGUUCUCAGACUACCGGGAGCAGCUGGUGGAGCAGGCCGUCCAGAUCCUUAUCGUCACCCUGGAGCACGAAGCUGGGUCGGCCGCCAGCGCCGCCCUCCAGGCCCUGGACCCUUCCACACCCCCCUCAGCUGAGGAGGAGCAGGAGCCUGCUGGACCUGAUAACCUCUUUGUGAAUUAUCUCUCCAGGAUCCACAGAGAAGAGGACCUGAGCUUCAUCCUGAAAGGCCUGGGCCGACUGCUGAAUAAUCCUCUGGCCCAGACUUACCUGCCUCGUUCCACCAAGAAGAUCCAGUUUCACCAGGAACUGCUGAUCCUCUUCUGGAAAUUCUGCGACUGCAACAAGAAGUUCCUGUUCUUUGUACUGAAGAGCAGUGACGUGUUGGACAUGCUGGUUCCCAUCCUCUUCUACCUGAACGAUGCCAGAGCGGAUCAGUCUCGCGUGGGCCUCAUACACAUCGGCGUGUUCAUCCUGCUGCUGUUAAGCGGAGAGAGAAACUUUGGCGUUCGUCUGAACAAGCCGUACACUCUGCGUGUCCCCAUGGACAUUCCUGUUUUCACAGGAACCCACGCUGACCUCCUCGUCGUGAUCUUCCACAAAAUCAUCACCAGUGGACACCAGCGUCUCCAGCCUCUCUUCGACUGCCUGCUGACUAUAAUAGUGAACAUUUCACCUUAUCUGAAGAGCCUGUCCAUGGUGGCAGCCAACAAGCUGCUCCACCUCCUGGAGGCCUUCUCCACACCCUGGUUCCUCUUCUCCUCCACUCAGAACCACCACCUGGUCUUCUUCCUGCUGGAGGUCUUCAACAACAUCAUCCAGUAUCAGUUUGAUGGCAACUGCAACCUGGUGUACACCAUCAUCCGUAAGCGAAACGUCUUCCACCAGCUGGCCAACCUGCCGUCGGACGCAGCGUCUAUUCAGAAGGCCCUGCAGAAGAAGAAGAAGUCGGGGAUUUCCAGGACCAACUCCACAGAGAAUGAGUCCAUGGAGGGCUCCAGACCAGCUGUGCCCGCUGAGCCCGGCACUCUCAAAGCCAGUUUAGAGGCCACUCCAGGAAUCGAUAAGAUAACAGAGAAGUCCCAGGUGAGUGAGGACGGGACCAUGGUUGCUGUCCCUCAUUCAGAUUGUCCACAGGCGACUGCAGACGGUCCUACAGCUGCAGCCAGUGACACGGAGUCCAACUCGGAGAGAGACCACGAGGUCCAACACACAGAGUCGGAGGCAGCGAGGAGUCGGUUGUCAAGUGUGUCGUCAUCUGCGGCCUGGAGCGCUAAUCCAGACUGGGUGUUGUCAUGGAAGGCAAAACUUCCUCUACAGACCAUCAUGCGGCUGCUACAAGUUCUGGUCCCUCAGGUGGAGAAGAUUUGCAUCGACAAGGGUUUGACAGACGAGUCCGAAAUCCUCAAGUUCCUUCAGCACGGGACGCUCGUCGGCCUUCUGCCCAUCCCUCAUCCCAUACUCAUCAGAAAGUACCAAGCCAACGCCGGCACAGCCAUGUGGUUCCGCACAUACAUGUGGGGGGUCAUCUACUUACGCAACGUGGAUCCUCCAAUCUGGUACGACACGGACAUAAGGCUGUUUGAGAUCCAGAGGAUUUAAAGGAGCAGCUGAAGACGCACGGCGGACUCCUGGAUCCCUUUGUUCUGUUUACAUUCCUCACAGCUGAACUCUGAUCCGACGAGCGUCUCACGUCUUUUGGUUUUAUUUAAACACAACAAGCGGUGACAAUCUCGUGCUUCAUUUUUUUUUCCAUUGUAUAAAGUAAAUUAGUUACUGCAUAUCAGAUGGAGCCUAUACUGUAGAUACAGUAGAAGAAAUGCCAAAUGUAAUCAUGAGAUGUGAUUUAUUGAACAUUUAAUUGUUCGUUUUGCCAAAAAGAUCAUUUGUGGUUUAAGGUACAAAGAGAUGUUUUUGCACGUCUGAGAUGUGUUUUCAGUUUCCUUUCGUCUUUCAAACUCCACAUACGAAGUACGGGAAAUGAAAGACACAGUGUCGUACUGAAGCCUUUCACACUGUGCUGAAAGGAAACUAACCACGGUGAAAUCUGGACUGAAACUCUGUGAAACGGGGACGUCUCUUCUCUCUCAUGUCCUGACAGAAAGGACGUCAGAAAAUGUUCGCUGUUGCUGAAACAAGAAGAAAAACACUCUAAGAUGUGAAUAUGUUUUCUAACCUGUCAGAAUUAAAAACUGAUCAGUCUGAACUCAGAGGAAGUAUUUUCAUAAAAAGCAUUUUUCUUUACAUUAGACCCACAUGCUAUAGCAAUGUAACUUAACACUACAUCACUUUUUUUUGGUGAGUAAAUCACAUGUCCACUCACCUUAUUGAUCUAUUGAUCGUGGUCCUGUUUUAUAAUGUUUAUUAUAACGGAGGUUAUUUUCACAUAACGUGGGACGUGUUGACCCGCCCACCCCUCCCUCCACCUCGUCAAGUUCAACAGGGAUGUUGAGUUGUUCUGUAAGUGGCGCCUCCCUUAGUUGUGCAAUUAAGUGAUGAACUCAUGUUUAACAUUUUUAAGGGAUGUUUAUUAUUAUUUACCACCUAAAAAAAUCACUUUUUU